AUGAGUAUCACAACUGUACACCUUCAUCAUUCUCCCUCAGAUGUCCCAUUUAUUCGCAGCCCUCCCUCUGAAGGAUCACAGUCGGAAGCCAAAGAAGCUCGUGCCCAGGUAAGAUGUAUGAAUCACCAUGUUGUCGGCAAGAAAUGGCGACCGUGGACCUUACAUCCAGUCACUCUUUUGUCAACCGCAUUGUUUACUCUCGGGAUUAUUGGCAUUUUGGAGUUUCUCCAGCGAUAUAGUGACGCAAACCAUGGGAUCAUCUUCGCAACUAAGAGGGAUGCGUUCUCCACUGGGUGGAACUUUCUGUUCCUGACUUUUCCUACCUUGCUCGCUGUUGUGUACUCAACAUGGUGGAGCUGGAUCGAUCUUGAUGUCAAAAGGCUGCAGCCAUGGUUUGAGUUGAUUGGCAACAGGACAAAGAAAGCCUGCUGCUCACUCGUAUUGGAAUAUCCGGUUGAGUUUCUUGCAUGGGUACCAAUUAGGGCCGCGAAAAGGAGGCAAUGGGCUGUCGUAUCUGCGUCACUUACCAUGGUCCUCGUGCUCUGGGUGGUGACUCCCCUCCAAAGCGGCAUCUUCAACAUAGGCCCAGUCACCACAACUCAGAAUGUCUUUGUCUCACCACCAGCUCGCCUACUACCUCCAUCACUGCAGUCCCGGUCCUUGGAUGGUAGUCUUCUCAACACAGCAUACGGUGUGACAUGGCUUGGGCAGCAGCUACCGCCAUUCACUCAGCCAGAAUUCGCCCUUACUCCCUUCUCCUGGCGUGAGCCCCGGACACAAGGCGGCAAUGUGACACUGGUCGCGAACACCACGCUGUAUCGUGCGGAUUUGGACUGUUUUGCUCCGGCCUCUGUUUUCUCUCCACCAAAGGCGGUUUCUGGGACUUUGGUGGUCGAUGAUGGCGAGGGUUGCAAUGAAACGACGAGGGCCAACAACCAGAAUGGCUUCGUGACAUUGCUGUGUAAAAAAUACUUCAUUGUGUGGCAAUAUCCGCGGGCCUCAACCAACGAAUCCCAUCCGAAAUUCACUGCCAGAUUCUGUACGACAAGAUACUAUUCACAGCCUGUGCAAGCAAAUGUGUCCAUCCCCGACGCAAGGGUCCUAGAAACCAUACCCCAGGGGCCAGAAACUGCCGUCCCUGACGAUGUUUUCAAUGCUACUCUUUUCGAGCUUGUUGUUACGAAAGGCUCCCCGCCAAACCCGCCCGGCUUUCCGACAAACUUCACAUCUCUACAAGAAAAGGUGCCGCGCCCAUUUGACGUGUCCGAAAUCACUAUGUUAAACCACGACUUCCGAGAGCGACAACGUGGGUAUCCACCACUGGCUUCUAUCCUGGCGGAUAUCGCAAUUGGCAGCCACAAUCUGACUUUCGAUCGCUUUGUCACCGAUACUGGAGCAAUUGACGCUGCCUCUCGUAACGCUCAGCAAUUGCUUUUUGCCCUUGCUAUUAGCAUGAUGGCGGACGGUGAAGGAGAAGCUGGAAGUACUCAUCCUGCUGUUAUUACCUCUUCGCUUCAAGCCAUACAGUUGGUCCGAGGUAUUACAUAUUCUGUCCAGGCAGUUCUUGGGAUGGUCGUCUUGCUAAAUGUCCUCCUUGCGGGCUGGUAUUACAAAAAGUUCUUGCCAUUCGGAUCUGGUCCAAACUCCAUCGCGUUUCUGGUCGCCCUUGCAUCACGCCAUAACUUCCUCGAAUACUUCAAGCCCUUGGACAGAGAACCAGACUUAGUAUCACGUCUAAGAUGCCGGCAAGCUACACUGCAAAAUCACGGUGGAUAUCUGUCGUUAUCGCUAGAUUCUGUGGACGAACAAGAUGCCGUGCAGGGAUCGACUAAAGGGAGAGGACUUAUCAAAGACAGGGCUCGAACGCAGGAGCAGGUCCACUUAAAUUAUGUGUGGCCAAGGGAGCUUAAGCUCUCAACUGGCUUUGGCUUUUUGUUGGUGCUGUGCCUUGCCUUAGCAGCGUUGAUCUUCUUGGAGACAUGGACGCGUGCCAACAAGGGACUCGCACUCCCGUCCAAUAGGAUCAUUACCCAGCAGAUCGUUCUUAAUUACUUACCUACAAUCUUUGGCACUCUUAUCGAGCCAUUUCUCGUUGUUGUGUGCCGUUACCUCUGCUUCCUCCAGCCAUUUGAAGACCUCCGAAACGGAUCCGCAAAAGCGUCUCGGACCCUUCUGCAGAAAUAUACCUCCUUGCCUCCCCAACUCACUGCUGGCGCGGCCAUUCGGCAUGGACACUUUCGGCUCGCAAGCUUAAGCUUUACCACCAUCCUAGCAAAUAUUCUAACCAUAGCUUUAAGCGGUGUCUUUGUCAUUCGGGAAACCGUAAUACCUGUAGAGUUUGAAGCAGUCCAGGUUCACUCCCCCAGACUCAAUCGUUCCAUCGUUGACUCCCUGGGAAGCGUUGAAUUCGGCGUCGCAAGCGGCAACGGGGAACCUAUUCAGCUCUUACUAUCAAACGUUACGGCAGGCACUUCCUUGCCACCCUGGACAACGAAUGAUCGAUACUACCUCCCACUCAAUAUCACAGGUGCUCAGAAUGAUUCGUCGAACUACAACUUGUCCACUUUGGGAUUCGAGGGCACCACCGAUUGUACUGCUCUCACGGAGUCCUCAAGCAAUUACACUUAUGACUUCUCGCUCAAUUCGGACGCAACACAGAUAAGAUUUCAGACAAGGGAGACUUUACCCAAUGGCACAGAGGUUCAAUGCUUUCCCCCAAUGGGAAUGGCCGACGGGACUGUGACGUUCUCUGAUGGCAAUCACCCUACCACCCAAAUCUUCGCGUCUGGAAAUUCUGCGGGCCGAAAUGCAAUUGACACUUUCAUGACGCCAAUCCCAGGUUUUAGCAUUGUCGAAUACAAGAAUCGAUUUGGAUGUGCAGACCGCUUUGUAGGCUUCUGGGUGAGGGCAAACAUCACGUUACACGACAAGCUCUCAAUUGUCAACGGGCCCGCUCUCACUGAGAACCUUGGUUACACCACUGGUCCCUCAGCAAACACGACAUCGGUUCAUCUUGAGAAACUGGUUCUUGGCUGCAAGUUCAGCACUUACUCCGCCGUUUACAACCUCACAGUUGACCCAAGCGGCCAAGUCUUGAACGCUGUGGAAUUGCCCAAUUCAACCUUUGCAAUGGAUGAUUCAAUCGCAGAUGUCUUCCGAGUGUUGAAGCGUGCUCUAGAUUAUCCUGGCGACUCGAUCACGUGGCAUAAUGAUACUCGUGCAAGAGAUUGGGUGUCCUUUUUCAUUUCAAAGAUUGCUCAAUCCGAUUCUCUUCUUAACCCUGCUGACCCCUUGCCGGACGCCACUGAGCUUGGCUAUCAAGUUAGCGAUGUCAUCAGACGUCUAUUUGCUUUGACAUUAGCAGUCAACAGCGACGCCUUUCUGAAGUUGUCUGAGCCUCUCCAGGUCGAAGGCCACAAACUUCUUGUUGUUAACCGCGUAUUCCUCUCGGGUACAAUGUACAAGAUUGCAGUCGUCGUCCUUUGCAUCGAUAUCGUCGUUAUUCUGAACAUCUAUCUGCGGAUACCGAAGCCGUUCUUGCCCCGGAUGCCCACCAGCAUAGCCAAUAACGUCGCAUUCUUCGCAGCCAGCCAGUUCGCUCAGGAGCUUGGAGAGGACACGGAGACAUCUCUGCCGCCGGAAGAAAUCGUGCGCCGGCUGCAGAAGAGUGAUAAGAGAUUUGGCUUUGGGAAGUUUGUGGGCACGGACGGUGCCGUCCAUGUGGGCAUUGAGAGGGAACCGUUGGUGCAUUCCCUGGGGAACCUUCCAACGACAACAAGGCGCCGCUUGAGAUGGAAAUCAGGGCAAGUGUGA